UCCAAAGGUUCUCGCGAGAGUUCGUUUCAGGAUAAACAACGUGAUGACGUCGGGGGAGUGAUUCCGCGGGAACGGUCUGUGUUGCUCUCUGAUGUGUGACGUCCAAGAAUAACUUAAAACAAGAUUUAAAGCGUGCAGAUUCUUCCAACCAAGGACAGUCAUGUUCUCCGACCUGAACGCCCAGAAGGAGGGCUCCUCUCUGCUGUCCUGUCCUCCCUCCGAGGAUCAGGCUCCGGCGAUAUUCGAGAGGAUGUCGCUGGCCUACACACCCUGCUCCGAGCGGUACAAAGUCGGGGAGCGGAGCUUCAGUCGCCAGUAUGCUCACAUCUACGCAGCCCGGCUCAUGCAGAUGAGGCCUCUGCUGUCAAAGAGAGCCCAGGAGAAGUGGGGGACUGAUGUGUGCAUCAGGAAGUUGUGCGAUCUCCAAACAGGGGAGCAGUGUUGCAUUGUGGGAACUCUGUUUAAGCGGAUGGAGUUGCAGCCAUCUAUUCUCAAAGAGAUUAGUGAGGAGCACAACCUCCUGCCCCAGCCCGCACCGUCCAAAUACAUCUCUGAAACAGAUGAGCUUAUUCUGGAGGAUGAACUGCAGAGAAUCAAACUAGAGGGAAAAAUCGACAAAGACAAGUGUGUCACCGGGAGUGUUAUUGCAAUAUACGGAGCUGAAAGGAGUGAUGGAAAAUUCACUGUUGAGGAAUUUUGCACGGCGGAUCUCCCCUUGCAGACUGAGAGACCUACACUCACCACUGACAGGUUCGUGCUCCUUGCUUCUGGCCUCGGUCUGGGCAGCAGUCAUGCAGACAGCAUGCUGGGGCUGCAGCUAUUGGUCGACAUGAUAACCGGUCAGCUUGGGGAUCUCAGUGAGCAGAGCGGCGCAGCAACCAUUUCCAGGGUCCUGCUGGCAGGAAACCUGCUGAGCCCCAGCACCCAGGACAAGGAUGCCUCUACAAAGGCCAAGUAUCUCACAAAGAAGACUCAGGCAGGCAGUGUGGACGCCAUUCGAAUGCUGGAUGAGCUGCUGCUUCAGCUGGUGGCCUCUGUUCCCGUGGAUGUGAUGCCGGGGCAGUAUGAUCCCACCAACUACACCCUCCCACAGCAGCCUCUGCACCGAUGCAUGUUUCCCUUGUCCUCUGUCUACCCGACGCUGCAGCUGGCCUCCAAUCCAUAUCAGGCUGACAUCGAUGGAGUGAGGUUUCUUGGCACGUCGGGUCAAAACGUGUGUGAUAUUCAGAAGUACAGCAGCUUGGACAGCCACCUGGAUAUAUUGGAGGAAACGCUGCGGCUCAGACACCUCGCUCCCACAGCGCCUGAUACUCUCGGUUGUUACCCAUUUUACUUAAAAGAUCCUUUCAUCUUGGAGGAGUGUCCGCAUGUUUACUUCAGUGGCAACGCCCCAACGUUUGAAUCCAAGCUCAUUAAAGGUGCUGAUGGUCAGGAAGUGCUUUUGGUCACCGUUCCAGAGUUCAGCAGCACUCAGAUGGCGUGCCUGGUCAAUUUACGCACUCUUCAAUGUGAGCCAGUCAGUUUCUCGGCCUUCUCCGCCGGAGAAGACGAGGAAAGUGAGAUGAACAUCAGCCACUGAAAGGCAGCCUCUGAGAAAGAAAUACAAUCCCGGCUAAAAGGAUGCCAGUCUGUCAGUGUUUCAAUUGAAAUCACUGUUUAGAGUUGCUCCUGCAGUUUUUUUAUAUUAAACUUUAAGAGAAAAACGGCACAUAUUUACCACUAGUAGACACCAGGUGGUACGGGGGAAAAAAAAGAAGGAAGAGACAAGUGUCUUAACAAGCCUU